GACACGGUCGGCUGCGAAUAAAAUUUCAUUAUUGAAUGGCAUAAGUUUUGAAACCUUCAAGUUAUUAGACAUGCUCGGGUCCAUAUAGCCAAUGUGGUAAUUGUACGGGUGUUUAGCAUAACCAUGCUGAAGGUGACAGGUUUGGUUCGGUCCAGGAACCAUUCGUAAUGGAGUAAUUCCUUGACUUCCUUAGACAUAGAGUACGCUAGGGAAAAGAAGAAAACAUGGCUUAGCUAGGCUACCGGUAAAGUCUCAAACGCAAUAUUAUUUGUCCAUGAUAUAAAUAGAAAUUUGUAAACCUUUUUAAAAACAAUAAUAAACUUUUAUUUUGUGCGUUAUUUCUUGCCGCCUUUUAUAUAUGGCCAACCAGUUAUAUUUGGUUCCACUGGCUUCAAAGGGAUAUAGGUGAAACGAUUAACGCAAGCAAGACCAUGUCAAAGAUGUCUAGGUUUGAUUCUCGGUCGGACCUUGUCAUUAAUUUUUUGGACUAUCAAGGGCACAGAAUAUCUUCGUAAAGUCACAUGAUAAACGAGUGCAGAAUGGUCAAUUGACAAAGAAAGCUUUCAAUUAAUAACAGUGGAAGUGCUUAUAGAUCAUGAAACAACUGAGCAGCAGGUCGCGUCCUAGGUAGGACUUUACGCUACACAGAAUCAUGAAGAACUGUAUUCAUAGUGUAAUGUUACUCCAUGUUCCAAACCAACUAUGUAAAUUUAUACUAUCAAAAAAGGGGUGUUUUGUCCAGACAUCGAAUGGGCGGCUCACAAAUGUCUCUUAUCAACAAUGCCCAAUGUCAUUCAGGCUAUAUAAGCAGGAGGAUUAUCCUCUGGUAAGGCAGUAAGGUAAUUGCGGUUCCGUUUAAGCGUGUUCAUUAAAUUCGUAGAGUGUAAUCUUUUGUGCAGAAUAGUGUCAAAACAACAUGAUGUAUAAUGGAAAAUAAAGUGAUACUACUGGUGUUACUUAACUUUUUGGUUCAAGUUUAUUGUUAUUAUGAAAAUCAACCAAAACUGCUCACCAACGAUGGACAUCUCAUCAUCGAAUCGGCCGUGGACCGCAACAUCACCGUGCUGUUGAAGGGCAACAGUUUCUUCAACGUCGGUGAUGUGAGUCUCGGAAAAUUGCUACAUGGUCUUGCAAACGUGUCUUCGUCGUCGUCAUCAUCUUCGGUACCAUCCGACUCGAGCCUUCCGAAUGGAUCAAGUCAGCUUCAGUUCCUGAUGAACGUCGUGAGUGGGCCGUUCGGUUUGCAGAAAAGGAUCGCUGCACUGGAGAAUGGAACUAGUGACACAGGUGAAGGACGAGGUCGUGGAAGGAUCAACAAUAUCAAUCGACGGUUGACUGUGUUGGAAAGGAAGGUCGGGAACGUGUUGAGUAAACUGAGGGAGAACAACUGUAAGACAAGCCCUUGCCAAAACGGGGGAACGUGUAUCAGCUUGUUCGAUUCGUUCGUUUGCCUUUGUCCUAAGAACUGGGAGGGUCCGACUUGUGCCAAUGAUGUCAACGAAUGCUCCGAAUUUGCGGGUACUGAUUUGGGCUGCCAGAAUGGUGCAACGUGCAAGAAUACACCUGGUGGAUAUAGUUGCAUCUGUGCUAAUGGAUGGCAAGGAAUACAUUGUAAUAGUAAAACAAAGGAUUGCUUGACGUCUGGUAGUGAACUGUGUGGGCAUGGAACGUGCGUUCAGACUAAGGAAGAACCAGGAUAUAAAUGCAUUUGUGAUCAAGGAUGGAAGAAUAAUGGUGUAAUGCCAGCGUGUUCAGUGGAUGUAGAUGAAUGUGCAGAAUCUAAACCACAUUGCUCAAAGGAUCCAGAGGUAAGCUGUAUCAAUCUACCAGGGUCGUUCGUGUGUGGUAGUUGCCCUGCGGGAUACACCGGAAAUGGAUUCUACUGCGUGGAUAUAGAUGAGUGCCAAACGAAUAAUGGAGGAUGCAGUACUUCCCCUGCAGUUACAUGUAUCAAUCUAAGGGGUUCUUCAAAAUGCGGCAAUUGUCCUUUGGGAUACAUGGGAGAUGGGCAGACCUGCACACUGAGAGGAAACCGUUGCACACCAGGUCUUUGUCAUCCAUUGGCCCGGUGUAUGGACUACUCGGGUGGGGUAGUAUCAUGUAUUUGUCCACCCGGGUAUCAAGGCUCUGGAUAUGGAUCUACUGGCUGCAUCCGGAUGCCAAUGAACCCAUGUACGUUCAACCCGUGCAAGAACGGUGGUACCUGCAUCUCAAAUGGCAACAAUUACACCUGCACGUGUCCACCAGGUACUGCUCAGCCGAACUGUGCCAGGCUCAUCUCACCAUGCGCCAUUAACCCAUGCAUGCAUGGUGGAACUUGUACUCCGUUCAUCGAUCGCUACGUUUGCACUUGUCCGUCAGGAUAUACAGGGAUGCGCUGCCAGAGUGUACAGCGGGCGUGUGGAGGCGUCCUGGAUGUCUUAUCUGGAAGCCUGACAUACCCAAUUGGCAAUGGAACAUACAAUCAUAAUGCAAGAUGUGCUUGGCUGAUCAUUACGAAUCACACCAAAAUCUUGAAUGUUACAUUCACAAAGUUCAACUUGGAAAACCCACUGCAGAAUAAGGAAUGCAAGUACGAUUGGCUUCAGAUCCACGAUGGCAAAACUUCAGCUGCGCAUAACAUUGGGCGAUUCUGUGGGAACACAUUGCCCAUGGGAGGCAACAUUCUGUCCACUCAUAACUUCCUAUAUCUCUGGUUCCGGACGGAUAAUAGUACAGCUCAUGAUGGGUUCGCUCUGCAUUGGGAUAGUAUCGAUCCUAUUUGUGGAGGAGAGUUGUCGGUUAAAAGUCAUGGAGUUAUAGCGUCACCGGGUUCGCCAGGAAAGUAUCCUCCAAAUCGGGACUGCAAGUGGUUCUUGAGUGCUCCCCCUGGUAAACGGUUACAGUUUCAUUUCUUCACCAUGCAGUUGGAGGCUCAUGAUUCAUGUGAGUAUGAUUUUGUUCAAAUUAGUGAUGGAUUGCAGGAAGAGGCGCCUGUGUUGAAGAAGUAUUGCAACACAUCACACCCGGAGCCGUUGGUUACUCCAGGGAAUGAAGCGACCGUGUAUUUCCACUCUGACGAGGAUGGAACCGACUCUGGGUUCCAGAUAAGCUAUUCUGUGAUAGAGGGUAUUCCGGGAUGUGGUGGCGUUUUCACUAAGACCGAAGGAGAAAUUAGUUCCCCAAGACGAUAUGAAGAUAACAAGUAUCCAAAUAAUUUGAUCUGUGAAUACCUAAUCAAUCUACCACAAGGAAGCCGGAUCAAUGUUCAGUUCAAUAGAUUCCAUCUCGAGUCCAGUGAAACAUGCAAGUUCGAUUACGUAGAAAUGUUCGACGGGAGAACUGUGGACGAUCCCUCGUUCGGAAGGUUUUGCGGAGAGCGUGCACCACCGCAGUUUCGAACCAACUCCAACAGCCUGCUGGUGAAAUUCCAUUCAGAUUGGUCCCAAUCGCAAGGUGGUUUCUCGCUGACUUACAAGCUAUUGUGCGGAGGAGUUUACACAGACCCAAGCGUAGAGAUAACCAGCCCUGGAUAUCCGAAGACGUACGGAUUGAAUCAAAGAUGUGAUUACGUUAUUGAAGCCCCGCUUGGAAAGGCUGUUUUGCUGGAUUUCCAAGACUUCGAUGUUGAAGGAAAUUCUUAUCCCAACUGUGAUUUGGACUUUGUUGAGAUAUACGACGGACUAGAAGCCAGUAACUCUUCUUUCAUAGGACGAUAUUGUAGUUCGAAGAUCCCUCCAAGGGCUAUUUCAUCGCUGAACGUAAUGUUGAUGCGCUUUGUAUCGGACGCCUCUAUCGGAGGCAAGGGAUUCAAGGCCAAUUUCACAUUUGUCAACGUGACUUGCGGAGGCGUGAUAACUUCGGAAGAUUUUACAAUACGGCCUCCCUCAAUGACAGACCAGGAGAGCUACAUGCCGGAUUCUGACUGCCGGUGGGUCAUUGUUGCUCCUAAGACGCAUGCCAUCCAGUUGACGUGGAACAGCUUCGAGUUGGAGAAGAGCAGCAAUUGUGUGUAUGACUUUGUGGAGAUUUACGACAACUCAUCGGUGUCGAAUCCGCUGGUGGGAAGAUACUGUGGAACGACGAAACCACCAGCACUAACAAGCUCGGGAAACGUAGUCACUAUUCGUUUCAAGAGUGAUAGCUCCAGUUCCAAAGAUGGGUUCAGUCUAUCGUUCCUAUUUCGAGAUGUAUCAAAGUUAUGUGACGGAAAUUUCUUCACAUCAACCGGUGUGAUCAAGUCUCCAAACUACCCACAGGAAUAUCCGUCCAACAAGAUCUGCGAAUGGGUGAUUACGGUUCCAUUGGGGCAGCAAAUUGAGCUGAAUGUGAAGAACUUCACCAUGGAAAAGCACACAGCAUGUCGAUUCGAUGGUUUGGAAAUUCGUAACGGAGGCACAUCCAGUGCGCCAUUGAUCGGAAAGUUUUGCGGAACGGAUGACUUCAACGGAACCAUCUCUUUCAGUAAUAAAAUAUACUUGAAGUUUUAUUCGGAUGCGUCGCGUAACUAUGGUGGAUUCUACAUUGAAUGGGACGGUACGUCUACAGGCUGUGGUGGAGUACUUACUUCUCCAAGAGGGUCGAUUAUCUCACCAAACUAUCCGGAGUCCUAUGGUAAUAAUGCACAAUGCGGCUGGCGAAUUACCGUCAGUGCUGGAUCUGCAAUACAUAUAGUGUUCAUAGACAUUGACAUGGAGAGCGUUGCCAAUUGCCGGUACGAUCAUCUGGAAGUAUUCGACGGACGGGAUGUGGCUGGUAAAAGCUUGGGCAAGUUCUGUACCGUCGACACCGAUCCGAUACAACUUAAUACCGAGGAUAACCAUGCUUUUAUAAAAAUGAGAAGUGAUGAUACUAACCAGGGCAGAGGAUUCCAUCUCAAAUACAACAUUCUCUGCAAGCGUAACAUCACCGGAUUUGGAGGAGUUAUCGAAUCCCCAAAUUUCCCCGACAAGUAUCCAGGCAGUUCUGAUUGUCUGUGGACCAUAAACGUUCCACUUGGAAACAAAAUCGAUAUUGAAUUCUCUCAUUUCGAGCUGGAAAAUGGCAUGAUCUUCAACAGUGAUCAAAGUCACGUUUGUCAUUUUGAUUACGUUGAAAUCAGUGAGCCGAACGACGAACAGAAUGUUCCGAAAAAGUAUUGCAACCAUAUGCCUGCUUCAAUGACAUCGAAAGGAUCCACCGUUCAAAUCGGUUUCAAAUCCGACACCAGUGGUGAGAGCAUUGGGUUCCGGCUUGAGUGGCAGCUUAACGGUUGUGGCGGCAUUCUGACAAGGCCUUUCGGAUCAUUCAACACUCCCAAUUAUCCCAAUGAAUAUCCCACAAACACCCAUUGCUUGUGGACGAUUGCGGUUGUUCCAGGAAGUGUGAUAGAAUUGACAGUAUCCAACUUCAACAUGGAAACAUCGAGUAGCUGUCGAUACGAUGGACUAACAAUAUCGAAUACUGAAGAUUUUGACCAAAUAAUUGGUACAUUCUGCCAUACUCAGAAAGAACCAGUGAAACUGACCAGUUCUGGUCACAUACUGUAUGUGAAAUUCUACAGUGAUCAAACGUAUACGUAUAAGGGCUUUACCGCCUAUUACAGAACUGUUCCAGCCCAAUGUGGAGGACUUUUGACGACGCAUCAAGGCUUCCUGUAUUCUCCCAACUAUCCCAAGAAUUACCCGGGUAACCAGUCCUGCGAGUGGAUAAUACAAGCGGAACCUGCCUACACCCUUAAGUUCAAUCUGGAAGACAUUGGCAUCGUUUCCAGUCCCAAUUGUUCGCAGGACUAUCUGCAAGUGUUUGACGGCAUGCUUCGUGACGAACGGAAGCUGCUGAUGAAGGUUUGCGAUAGCGAGGCAAACGUUACAUCCGUGAUGUCCCGCAGCAAUCAGCUCCUGGUCACAUUCAACUCCGAUGCGGCAUUCGAAGCGAAGGGUUUCAGGGCGAAUUACUCGAUUAACUGUGGUGGUCGAAUUAAUGUAACCCAUGAUGGAAUAAUUUCUUUAGAAAACACGCACCGGAUCAAAUCGGAAAAUUGCACUUGGAUUCUAGUGGCGGAUCAACCAAUGCAGCAUAUUACUCUGCAGGUGAUGCACAUGAACAUAGUCGAAGUGGAGGGUUCUUGCUUGGCCAACCUGACGAUUCACGAUGGAGAAGACAUCAACGCACCAGUAAGAUUCACCGGAUGUGGAAGUAAAACUCCCCCUGCGAUUGUUAGCAACGGGUACUCGUUGACUGUGCACAUAACAUCGGACGAUUACAAUCUGUUCAGCUUGCUGGGGAUGCAGUUCAUUGCAAGUUAUUCCGUGUUGAAUAACGCAUGUGGAGGAGAACUGACGUCCUUUUCCGGUGAAUUUGCUUCACCCCACUAUCCGAAUCGUUAUCCCAUGAACGUGCAGUGCAUCUGGGCCAUAAAGGCAUCGCCGGGCAACACGGUUCAGUUAUACUUCCGGGAACUGGACUUGUUUGAGUCUGAAGAUUGCAACGUUGACUACCUGGAAAUCCGGGAAACUUCCGGCAGUGGGAAGUUGAUUGGUGAUUUCUGUGGUAAAAACCUUCCGGGGAACCUGACGUCGUCCAACAGUUUUUGGAUCAAACUGCAAACAGGAAAUCAGGGCUUUGCGAAGGGUUUUCUAGCCGAGUUCUCGUAUGAUAUGUUCAGUGAGCUGACUGGAAGCAGUGGUGUAGUUACGUCUCCUAUGUUCCCUCGAGAUUAUGCGAGAAAUGAGAUUCACACCUGGAGAAUCAUGGUUGACAUAGGAUCUGUCAUUUCAAUGAAGUUUACAGCCUUUGAAAUCGAUGCCAAGUUUGUGGAUACUUGCGAAGGCCAACUGGAGAUUUACGACGGCUUCGAUGACACCGCAGAGCCACUGAAGGGAGAGCUUUGUGGACUGACGCCCCCAGAACCAUUCAAGUCAUCAUCGAACGUGGUGUUUAUUCGGCUUGAUCACUCGGACGCCAGUGGCCCUUCCAAGUUCUCGUUGAGUUGGGAGCAAAUCGGAAAAGAGGAUCAAACUCCAGCAUCAACGGACACCGAUGACCAGUUUUGUGGAGGCCCACAUGUAAUUGUGCUUUCCGAAAAUGCGACAACGUACAACCUAACAUCUCCCGGUUAUCCAAUUGGGUACCGGGUGAACUUGAACUGUAGUUGGGUGUUUCAAUCUGCAAGUCAGACAGAACAUGCCUUCUUGCAGCUUACCUACGUAGAUUUGGAAGAAACGGACGCAUGUCUUUCGGAUUACUUAGAAAUCUCUACAUCUUCGGAUAUGAUAUCAUGGUCUAAGGCGGAAAGAAUUUGUACCUUUGGAUAUAGAGUGAAGUCCAUGUUCCACGGUAAGCCUUUCCUGAAAGUAGAUUUUCGUUCCGAUUACUACGCUAACCGAACCGGAUUCACCGGAAUUGCUUCGCUGCGUUGCGGUGGUGUUAUGACGGAGUCAAACGGGGUCAUCGAAAUAAAAGACACGCAAAGUUACAAUGAGACUGCUAGAUUCCUAGAUUCUGUUUGCAUGUGGAACAUUACAGUGCGUCCAGGGCGAACAAUAGAAUUCCAGUUCGAGUCGAUAAAGCUUCAGAAAACGGAGGCGUGCGAUGCUACGGUAUCCAUCAAAAACGGAAUAGAUGAGUAUUCUCCUCUGCUGGGUUCGUACUGUGGCAAUGAAAUACCAGGAAAGGUGAAUACUUCUAGCAACAGAGCGUUUGUUAAGUUCAAUUCCGGACAUAUAACAACCAAUCAAUUCAAACUAACGUAUCGUGAAGUCGGUAUGGAGUGUGGCGGAAGAAUUAUAUUACGUAAAAACAAUUCUCCGAUGACCCUUACCACACCCAACUUCCCAGAAAUGCCUCAUCCACAUAGUGAGUGCAUUUGGACCAUUAUGGCUCCAGCUGGUGAAACCAUCAAAUACGAAUUCAAACCGUUUAUGUUGAAAUAUUCGCAUAACUGCGUGAAUGAAUACGUUGAGGUUCGGGAUGGUGGCACUACCAGCUCCAGUGUUCUAUUGAGGGCCUGCACUCAGGAAAACGUGCCCUCAAGACUUACCACCUCAAACAUGUUACGAGUGCGGUAUUUCACGGACAGCUCUGACCCGGGCAACGGGUUCAAAUUGAACGUAUCGAUUGCCAAGUGUGGAGGAUCCAUCCAUACUCGAAAAGGUACCGUACAGUCCAAAAACUAUCCAAUCCUCGGAGGGUACCCUUUCAAAUCAGUUUGUGAAUACUUCAUUUCCGGUAGUAUGAACACAGUUCUGAACCUAACCUUCAUGGACAUAAAUCUCCCAACUGCAACAAACUGUUCAAGCGAUAAUUUGAAAAUCUACAGUGUCCUGCCUGGGGAGAACGUCACCGAGUUACUGAUUGGAACGUACUGCGGUUCGCAGAUUCCAACAUCUGUCCUGACGUAUGGCAAUCAAGCAAAACUAGUGUUCACGACGUUUGCAAUGCAGAGUAGCUAUCGAGGAUUCAAAAUUGGAUUCAGUUCCGUAGAAGACCAGUGCGGCGGGGAAGUCAACUCGGCAGCUGGAGAUAUCACCAGCCCUGGAUAUCCCGAUGGAGGAGGACUGAGAUUUAGACGAUUCUGCGAGUGGAGAAUUACGGUACCGGAAGGUCGACGAGUGAAGGCUGAAUUCAUAGACUUGGACUUGUCUACAGUUAGUGCAAGUUAUAUGCAACGCAUAGGAUUCUAUCACGGAUUUGACUAUUCGGCUCGGAUACGGUUCGUCACCGGUGGGUCCUACAAUAACAAACCGAUAUACUCCAGUAACAACAAAAUGAUGAUAAACUUCUGGUCUCGGAUUUCCUCGGAUAACAAAGGGUUCAAGAUACACUUCAGCAGUGACGAGCCGUCGAUGUGCGUUGGAAAUUUGGAUGGAGAUGAGGGAAUGAUUGCGACUCCGAUCAACCAGACAAGCUUCAUGUGCGAAUACAGGCGUUCCUCGGGAGUGUUUUCGGUGGGACCAGCUGGCAGGAAGACGGGAACAAUGGCGCUGUACUUCAGCGAAAUGAAGGCCGGAAUGUACAAUAAUGCAUGUGCAUUGAGUACCAGAGGUAUAUUCAUCUUGCGAGGCGCCAUAGUCGGAGGCCAACCGGGAGUUUUGAAAAAGUAUUGUGGAAACGCUACAAACAGCGAUUUGAUAAGAUCCCCAUUCCCGGAUAUGUACAUUCUGGCUCGCCAAGGCUUAUUUUUGGGUGACGUCCGGUUCAAGUUGCGCUAUCAAAUUCAUCAAUGUGGUGGAAUGUUCGGAAGUGAGUUGAAAAACAUCUCAAGUUCAAAUUUGGCAAAGAAUACCGGACCUGUCGAUUGUGCGUGGUACGUUGACUACCCGGAGAAUACUUUAAUCAACAUAGAGUUUGCUAACUUUAACCUGAACGAUUCAUGCGACAAUGAGUACCUUUCAAUUUACAACGGUCCUACCACAAACAGUCCACUGUUGGGCAAAUUUUGCAAAGGAAGUGGCGUGGAAACGAUCAUCACACAGGAUCGUUACGCAUUCAUAGAGUACCACUCGGAGAACGCCAAUUUGAGGGGCGAUUUUGAAAUGAAGCUUGCUGAAAUGACCUCUGGAUGCGGUGGGACUCUUCAUAAGAACACCGCUACUUUUGGUUCACCGAAUUUAGGAGGUAAAUACGCUCCCAAUAUGGAAUGCAUCUGGACGAUUCGAGCCGAUAUUGGAUAUCACGUUGGAAUAAGCUUCAUCAAUCGCUUCAACCUGGAGAAAAGUGAAAACUGCUCCAAAGAUUACUUGGAGUUCUUCGACCGCAUCAACGACAGCUGGACUAGCGUGGGUCGCGUUUGUGGAAAGAAUACUCCGAAAAUGUUCAACUCAACUGGAUCCCUGAUGAGAGUGAUAUUCAGAACAGACUCUAGCGUGGAAGGCGACGGAUUCACCAUCAAAUGGGAACAAAAUUGCGGUGGAAUAUAUACGGUAGAUCAAAACACGGGUGUCAUGAUGAGUCCAAACUAUCCGAUGAACUACGAUCGGAUGGUGACUUGCAACUAUACCUUCGUUGCUAACGAUCAAAAUUCGUACGUAAACUUGAACUUCAUCGACUUUGCACUUGAGGAUGGUCCACAAACGUCGAUUUGCAUAUAUGACAACAUAACUUUGUAUAAGCCUAUGGAUUACCAAACGCCACUCCAAUGGGAAAAGGUUGGAACUUACUGCAAGCAAAACUCCCCCGGGCGUAUAAGGUUCAAGGGCAGAGUAGCUGUCGUAUUCCGGUCGGAUCGAUGGCUGGAAUCCAGGGGAUUCAAAUUUGAGUACAAACUCGACAGCUGUGGUGGUUCAAUUACACAAUCCACUCGCAUCGCAAGUCCAGAAACGAACACAAAAAUCAGUGGAUAUGGCAACAGCUUGUACUGUACAUGGAACAUAACGAUUCCCGAUGGGAAGAAAGUCAUCGUGCGGUUUGAAGACUUUGAACUUGAGCAUUCUGACGGAUGUUAUUUCGACAACGUCGAAAUUUACAAAGGGCUGGAAAAGAAACCGGAUCAAAAAAUGGCAUCACUAUGCGGAAAUCUAACGGCGCAUGCACCAGCAAUAAGCAUCAAGGGAACUCAUGGAGUUGUCUACUACAAGUCGGAGCAAUUCACCUCUAAUAGCCAUCACUUCUCGGCCUUAGUAUUGUUUGUAAACGACUGUGAUCUUCAGGUAACCCUGGAACCUAACUCACAACCUUAUAACCUCAACAUGCAGAACAAUGAUCCCGCAAUGCGCGAUUGCCAAUACACGUUUAAAGCUCCCCCGGGGUACAGUCUGCGGCUUACCUUCAACAAAUUCCUUCUGGGUUCUUCCCGCAAUAGUACGGGUUGUUCGGACAACUUCGUGGAGGCACGUGACGGAGGCGGUCCAUUUGCCGACCUGAUUGGAAAGUACUGUGGCUACGCUUUACCAGUGCCUGCGACGACAUACAGCGAGUCCCUGUUUAUGCGAAUGGUGACCGACUCUACGGGACAGGGAAGCGGGUUUAAUGCAACCAUAUCGCUUGUGGAAACCCCUUGCGGUAGAAGUUACUACAACUUGUCUGAAGGUCAGGUGGAAGUUGUGCAGAGUCCAAACUACGGUAAGGGAACUUAUCCAUCAAAUACCAGAUGUCUUUGGCGAUUGGAGGUCCCUGCUGGGAAAACAAUCAACGUGGAGUUCAACGAUUUCAAGCUGCAAAACUACAGCGAUGAUUUGGAAAAGUGUCCCGAUAAGCUAGAGUUCUUUGACGCGAGCGUAAAAACAUUUAUCUAUGAAGGCUUAGGCGAAGAUGUGAUAUUCCGAGGAAAAUCGUCACAUGCACAGAAGUCUUCGUUUUAUCAUGGUACCAGAAAUCCAAAUUCCCAUCACAUUUACUGCGGGUCCGGGGGCCUUCCGGUAACGUACCAUUCUCAUUCGAGCAAACUUUACGUGAAGUUUGAAAGCGACGAGCGCGUCCAAGACGUAGGAUUCCGUCUGUCCAUACAGCAAAACAAUUACUGUGGUCAAAACUACACCCGACUGCAGGGUCGCAUCAAUAGCAACUACGUGGUACGGAAGGAACACUGUACCAUCACGAUUCAGGUUCCGGAGAACUACACCCUAGCGUUGUACUUUGCCAUUUUCUACACUCAUGCUCCGGACUGCGAGAAGGAGGGCAUCCGGAUCUACGACGGACUGGGAACGGAUAAACAACUGGAGCUGCUGUGCAGCUAUUCGACGCCGAAUCCAGUGUUUUCGGAAAGUAACGCGCUGAGGAUAGAAAUGCCGCCGUCGCAAGCAGAACAUGUUUCGACGAUGAUUGAUGCUUCGUAUCUGGCUACGGAUCAAGGACGAGGAUGCGGAGGAGAGAUGUUCAACUAUGGGGGAAUAUUCAGCAGCCCGUUGUACCCCAACAACAAUCGCACCCGGAAGCAAUGCUUGUGGACGGUGACGGUUCCGAACAAUAUGCGUAUUGCUUUGAAAUUUGACACUUUUGAUAUGGGAAGUAUUACUACUUGUAGUACGGAUUAUGUUGAAUUGAUAGAAGUCAAGGGUGCCGAGAAGCGGACUGUCCGAAAGCAUUGCGGUGGAGAUCAGCCAUCGACUUAUAUUAGUGAAAACAGUGUGAUGCAGGUACUUCAUAAGCAGACUCAAAACUUUGGAGGCACAGGGUGGCUAGUAAAAUACAUGGCCAUCGAAAAGGAUGCAUUAGUAAAUAAUUGGUAAAGGCUUUGUGAAUUUGUAUUAAAUUAUUUUAUUUAUUUCUACAUAUAAACAAAAAACAAUUGAUUAUCGUAACUAUAAAAUCGAAUAUUCGAAUUUAUACUACACAACCUAUGGUAGAUUUUAGAUGAUGUCUCAAUAAAGCAUGAUGUGUAAAAAUCCA